AAAAAAAGACCAGCUCUCUCUCUCAUGUUACGAGGCAGCCGUUUGCUGCAUCGCGGAAGCCGUGAUGAGGCUUUGAUUCAGGAAGGUGAUUCGAAUCUGCAGAUCGGAGCGGCUUUGUAUUUAGCGGCGUCUAUUGAAGCGGCGACGGAUCCAGAAUCAGAAGCAAUUGAGGCAAAUCUAAAACCUAAACCUCUUUCGUCGAUACAGAGACAUUCUUCGACAAUAAGUGAGAAGAGAAACGAGGUCUCUUCAGCGGAUCUCUUCGCUGGAUCUCUUCGCCGGAUCUCUCGCCGGAGUGUAUCAGCCACUCCUUCUCACUCGAGUCCAGUCCAGCCAUUCCUCUUUGAUCUCUUCCCUGGAACUCUCGCCGGAAUUCAGCACAAGAGUGACAUGUUUCUCUUAGGAAUAUGUGAAGUAUGGCAUGGGCCUUGCGUUUUCCCUGACUAUACAAAUUCCAAAGCACGCUCUUGGUGGGCUAAUUUGGUUAAGGAAUUUGUUUCAAAUGGUGUAGAUGGUAUAUGGAAUGAUAUGAAUGAGCCAGCUGUCUUCAAAGUCUAUGGGAUGCUGAUGGCCAGAUCAACUUAUGAAGGGAUGGAGCUAGCUGAUAAGAAUAAGCGGCCUUUUGUAUUGACAAGAGCUGGAUUCAUAGGUAGCCAGAGAUAUGCUGCGACUUGGACAGGAGAUAACCUUUCAAACUGGGAGCAUCUACAUAUGUCUAUAUCCAUGGUCCUUCAGCUGGGGCUUAGUGGUCAGCCCUUAUCAGGGCCAGAUAUCGGUGGCUUUGCUGGCAAUGCAACUCCGAGGUUAUUUGGACAUUGGAUGGGUGUUGGAGCUAUGUUUCCAUUCUGCCAUGGUCAUUCUGAGGCUGGCACUGAUGACCAUGAACCAUGGUCUUUCGGAGAAGAGAUUGAUGCAGUGGUAUACCUAGUGGAUGCAUAUGACAAAGAGAGGUUUGCAGAAUCAAAGAAAGAGCUUGACGCUCUUCUCUCUGAUGAAUCCCUAGCAAAUGUCCCUUUCCUUGUUCUUGGAAACAAACUCGAUAUUCCUUACGCUGCAUCAGAAGACGAGCUGCGUUAUAAUGUAGGCCUCACCAAUUUCACCACUGGGAAAGGUAAAGUGAAUCUAGCAUGAACAAAUGUUCGUCCCCUUGAGGUGUUCAUGUGCAGCAUUGUCAGAAAGAUGGGUUACGGCGAAGGAUUUAAAUGGGUUUCUCAAUAUAUCGACUAGAUCAAU